AUGUCCUCCGCAGCGCAAAACAGUCCACCCCUCGGGAAUGGCGUGACUAAGCGCAAGUCAGGCUCUGCUGCCUGCAUUCACUGUCAUCGGCGCAAGGUUCGCUGUGAUGCUCGGCUUGUCGGGCUGCCUUGCUCCAAUUGCCGUUCCGCGGGGAAAUUGGACUGCCGAAUCCAUGAGAAAAAAAAACGUCCAGCUACACGCUCAAUCUUGAACCCCGUACCUAUACGCUGUCGCCCGCCUCCUGCUUCUGAGCCUACGCACAAAUCAUCCCUUUCUGCUAAUCAUGCUGCUCCACUCAAUGCUUUCACCACUACCUUCCGAAAUGUUCAGCCGGACGUUAUGGCUGCGGCCACUUCCCUUGCGAAUGUCCAUGCACUCCAUCACACAAACAGAGAUGAUGUUCAUCACCAACCGCACCAGCACAGUUCCUCUCCAACCUCCGAUGCCCAGGAAUACACCCGUCAGACGGGACCCGAGCUCUCCGCUGAACAGGAAUCGCACGCGGACUUAGAAAGACGACUGGUCAAACUCAUCGAUGAGGAAGAGUCGGGCAGUCGAGAGAUCCGACGGGGUGUCCGAGCGAUUUACGUCGGUCACGAACUGUCCAACAUGUCUUUUUUGAUUCGACAACAGCGACAUGAGGUUGACGACGUGUAUCACUUUGCCGGGAACGAGAUUCCCCGGCGACAAUUGAGAACAGGUCAUGAUCAACUUCUCAUGGAUGCUCUCACCCUACCUGAACCGGCUUUAGCCGAUGAACUGGUCCAGGCAUAUUUUGACCACGUGAAUCCAGGGUAUCCCAUUAUCGAUGAAGAUCUCUUUAUGGCACAGUACCGAAAUCGUGACCCUGCGGAUCCACCUCCAAUCCUGCUGCUACAGGCAAUACUUUUAGUCGGAGCGCACGUAGCUCGCCAAAAGGUCGAGCGCGAUGCUCUUAAGGAGACCUUCUUCCGUCGAGCCAAAUGGCUCUUCGACAGUCGCAUUGAGCGGAACCGCGACAUCAUGAUUCAGGCCGCUUUGCUCAUGACUUGGCAUUCCGACAGUCCUGAUGACGAUGUCUCAGCCAACGCUCAUUACUGGGUUGGCGUAGCUGCUAGGAUUGCCACGGGGCUUGGAAUGCAUCGCAAUCCUGUUUCGAGCCGAUUCGUUCCUCGAGACCGCCGGUUGUGGAGAAGGCUCUGGCAUAUCCUAGUUCAAUUCGAUGUUAUGGUGUCUCUCUCAUAUGGGCGCCCGCAAGCUAUCAAUCUUGAGGACUCCGAUGUAUCCCCUUUGACACUUUCGGAUUUCCAAGGAUGUGGACCUGGCGUCCAGACCGACUUCGUGAUUCAAUUUUCGGAAGUCUGCACAAUGAUCUCUUACAUUGUUCGCAACCGUUUCGGUCUGAAGGUCAGCCCAGAGCGUCGCAAAGCGGUCUUGCAAGAGGCAGAUGAAAGCCUAGCGAAUUGGUCCUUGAAGCUGCCAGAGAAGCUACGCCUGCGAGCAUCCGACAUGGAUCCAUGGUCUGCUAUGCUGCACCUGACCUAUAAUAAUUUCCUCAUAUUGCUUCAUCGACCCCACCCCAGAGCAUCGGCAUAUUCAGAUGACUACGGUCCACAUGAUGCUGAAAUUUGUAGUGCGGCCGCAGGAGUCAUCGCCUCUAUCUUCGAAGAACUGCGUCUCAAUGAUCGGUUGAAAUUUCUAUGGUACUCUGCCGUUCAUACUCUCUUCACAGCAAUGAUACAGGUGCGAGUGGAGCUUCGCUUCUCUAACCCUGUGCUGGCAAUCAAUGCCCUUCGUCGGUUCGAUUCUGCUUCUUAUUCACUUCGCGAGCUGGCGGGGUACUGGUCUCAUGCAACCACUAUCUUACGAUUGUUCGAAGAUUCGAAGCGCCUUCAGGAAGAUCUUCGCUUAGCCACGAGUGAAAGAUCACGUGGUUUCAUCGACUCCCAAGACAGGGGCAAGAUUGGAUCCAGUUCUUCGUCCGCUGACUCUACAGCGGACACAGUAGCUGCACAAACUCCCCAGCAGCAGGAGGAUCAGCCCAUUCCGUAUGAAGUUCCCACACCAGACUCGACGCAUAUCUCAAACCCCAUGACUUCUGUGAGCGUUCAACAAAACCACACACUCGACCAGUGGAUGCCGACUAGUAAUAUGACCCCGGUGGAAGCCAUGGAUGCACCGCGCGAAACCCUUGAUUGGCGACAGCUGUUCUCUUUCGCUGAUCUAGAUCAGCCCGUCCUUCCAAUGGCCAUGGAAGGUCUCCCAGAAUUGGAAGACGAGUGGCGUCAAAUAUACUGGCAAGAGACGCCUCUGUCGGACCUUUUGCAUGACGGGGGCUGGAUGCAUGGCUGA